UCCCGUUGGGUGCAAUCCCACAAGAGUUUAGAAACUCACUCACACCAGCCAUGAUUCUUUUCAAAGUAACUUCACAUUGCACUGGAUCAGAUAGACUGGGUGCCUUAUGUUUUGAACCUGUAAAUUCUGCACGUUUUCUUCAUGAAAUCAGCGUAUAAUAAUAAGACAUUAUAAAGUGAAGCAUGGACAUUAUGGGCGGUCUUGUCCUUUGCCUUGUAUAUUCAUAGACUGUCCUUGUACAUUCAGAACUCAAGUUGCUUUAAAAAGACAUCUUAGGACACAACAUGAAAGAUGUUUAGACUCUAAGCCAGUAAACACACAGUUGCUGUUUAGCUUGUGCAAUUUUUGUGAACCUUGCAACUUGACCAAGUACUCUGUUCACUUAGGAAGGCACACUAAAAACAAAGAAAGUGUGUUCUGCCCCUUUAAACACUGUUCCUUUAAGUCAGAUGUGUAUAACACUUUUAAAGCUCACAGGAGCAGAUAUCAUCGUGCCUCUGUUAUACAGGAUUUAAAAACAGAGUUUGUACAUUAUGGGCAUGAGGAUAUUAGUGUAGUUGUAGAACCUGAACAUGCCACUAUCGAUCUUGAUAGAACAUUUGAUGAAGAGAAUGAACUCCAUGAAGAUGCUAAGGAAGGCUCAAUAAGGUGCAGUCUUGCUUCAUUGUUUUUAUGAAUGCAAACGGUUCUGCAUGUUUCUAAGUCAGCAAUUCAAGAGGUAGUGGAAGACCUUUAUCAAAUUAGCCUUUUAGCUCAAGAUUCUAUCCAUAGGUCAAUUAGAAAUGCAUUGAAACAACAUAAAUGUAACCUUGAUAGCUCUGUACUGACUUUGGUGUCUGAGAUUAUUCAGAAAACUAAUCCAUUAAGUACACUUUCAAAAGGUGGUCCUCUAAGCACAACUCAUAAAAGGUCAGCUUUCUAUAAAAAAAAUUUCACAAUCAUUGAACCCGUUGAGUUCAUCCUAGAUGCUGCUAGAAAGAGAAAUUUUGUUUAUGUGCCAGUAUUAAAUGUUCUCGCAGAGUUACUAAAUCAAAAUGAAGUCCUUGAUAAAGUUCUGACUGAAAGUAGUUCAAGCUCACCAGCUGGUCAUUAUAGAUCCUUCCAUGACAGUACGAUUUGGAAAGAAAACCAACUUCUUGCUGGAGAUGAAUUUCAUAUUGCUUUGGGAUUUUAUAUUGAUGAUUUUGAAAUAUGCAACCCUUUGGGUACUUCCAAAAAAACCCACAAGAUUUGUAGUGUCUAUUGGGAGCUUGCUAAUUUGCCUGUUAAAUACAGAGCAUCCCUGUCCUCUAUCUAUCUUGCAACCCUGUGUUACAGUAGUGAUAUCAAAGCUUUUGGGUAUGGUAGAGUUUUAAGCCCUUUUAUUAAAGACAUUGAACUGCUUGAAAAUCAGGGUGUUUUUGUUCAGAGACUGGGUGCAAGUGUUACUGGAACCAUACUUUAUGUAUUCUCUGAUAACCUGGGUGCACACUCUUUAGCUGGGUUUCAGGAAAGUUUCAAUACAGACAAGUUCUGUAGGUUUUGUUUAGCAAGUCGGUUGGACAUACAAGCUUGUGAAGUAAGAAGUGGACUAUUUCCCCUCAGAACCCAACAGUCUCUUGAUAAAUGUGUAUAUGAACUGCAACAUAAUGAAAGUUUGACAAGAUUUGAUGGUGUAAAGAUGGAAUGUGUGUUGAACAGACUCAUUUUCAGACAUUGCAAGGAUUCCCUCCAGACUUUUUGCAUGAUCUCUUAGAGGGCAUAGUUCCAGUUGAGCUAAGUUUUUGUUUAAAUGAUUUAGUUUCUAGCAAGUUCUUUACAUUAGAUUACUUGAACAGUGUGAUUCAGACAUUUCCUUACAAAUUUGCUGAUAGUGUUAACCGACCUCAGAAAAUAUCAAAAACAUUUAAAGUCAGUAGAACUAUUGGGGGCAAUGGCCAUGAAAACUGGACGCUGCUGCGCUUGCUCCCCCUAAUGAUUGGUCAUUUAGUGCCUGAAAAUAACAAGACAUGGGGAAUACUUAUGAAAUUAAAAGACAUUGUUGAAAUUUUGUCUAGCUCUAAAUUUACAGAUGAAUCUCUGUGCUACCUUGAAAGUAAAAUAUCAGACCACAGACAUCUGCUUCAAGAGGUAUUUCCAGAGUUAAAGUUUCGGCCCAAGCACCAUUAUUUAGAACAUUACCCACAUCUUAUUCGGUACUUUGGUCCCUUACUGGAGUUUUGGACAAUAUGCUUUGAAGGCGAGCACAGUUUUUUUAAAAAGGUUGUGAGAGAUGUGAACAAUUUCAGAAACAUACUGCUCACUCUGUCCACACAUCAUCAGCUCCUCCUUGCUUACCAUCUUGAAAUGCCAAGUAUCUUUAAGCCAGCCUUGGAGGUGGUGAAUUUCACAAAUGUUUCUCUAAAUAUUCUGGAGAUCUCAACAAAAACAGCAAUUCAGAGUAAAUAUAAGAAUGUGGAGUCUGUUGGUCUAACCUCUGCUGUAUCCUUACAUGGCACAAAGUACUCUGAGGGUAUGUUUCUGUCUUUUGGUCACAAAAGUGGGCUGCCUAACUUUGGAAAAAUAGUUAAAGUGCUAAUUAUUUUUCAGAAGGCUUCAUUCAUUGUUGAACCUUAUAUGGCAUGGUAUGUGGAACACCUCAGAUGUUUUGAAUUAUGCAAAGGAAAGUUCUCUGAUAUCAUUAUCGUAGAUCCACAGGACCUGAAUGACUACAGCCCACUUUCAUCACACACCAUCCAAGGAAAAAAAUUCAUCUCUCCAAAGGCAUUUCUGGUCCACUGGGACACAGCACAAUAGUUGCAGUAAGCGAUUGAUAUUG